AUGAGGAAACCAACUUCAACCGAAAAGUAUAUAACUGCCAAAGAAAUUACAUUUACCAAGCACAGGCUUCUAAGCAUCGCUCAACAACUCCACUUUGAGUCUGAAUACAAAAGUUUAAAAGAAAAGACACCUUUGUCUCGGAAAAGCAGACUUUUAUCUCUAAAUCCAUUUAUGGAUGAUAAAGGUCUUAUACGAGUAGGUGGGCGACUUCACAAUUCCGAACUAAGCUAUGAGGAGCAGCAUCCAAUAAUAAUACCUGAAAAAUGUCAAUUCUCUAAGCUACUUGUCGAUUUUACACAUCGUAUCUUGCUGCAUGCCGAGCAUCAUACUAUGCUAAGAGCAAUCAGGCAAGGAUUUUAUAUUCCCCGACUGAAGACUCUGGUACGAAAAUGCAUCCGUAAUUGCAAGACUUGUACAGUUUACAAACAAAAGUUGCAGCAUCAGAUCAUGGCAGCUCUUCCCCCGGAACGAGUUAAAUUUUCGCUACCGUUUACCUACACGGGUGUCGACUUUGCCGGCCCCUUUGGCGUUAAGUCCUCUAAUUUAAGAAAUGCAAAAAUUUUGAAAGCCUACACCGCAGUUUUCGUUUGUUUUUCAACACGUGCAGUUCAUCUAGAGCCUUGCUCUGACCUAUCCACUGAUACCUUCCUUGCUUGUUUUAGCAGAUUUACUGGACGUAGAGGUCUACCUAAGACGUUGUUUUCCGAUAAUGGAAGAAAUUUCAUUGGAGCAAAUCUGGCCCUCCUCAAAGCCCACAACAAUUUUCUAAAAACAGCAGAACAAGCGUUAAUAAAUAAAUACAGCAUAUUAGGAUUUACUUGGUCAUUUAUCCCACCUUAUGCACCCCACAUGGGUGGUAUAUGGGAGGCUGCCAUGAAAAGCAUGAAAAUGCAUCUAAAAAAGGUAACCAACUCCUUCUCAUUUACGUUCGAGGAAUUCACCACAUUACUUAUUAAAAUCGAGGCAGUAUUGAAUUCAAGGCCACUAUCCUCGAUAACUGAAAAUCCCAACGAGAUUUUACCUUUGACUCCGGGACAUCUGUUACACGGCGCACCUCUUGUGGCUCCACCUGAAACUCCAUCUGACCCGAAUGCUAAAAACUUGCCUUUCUUGAAACGCUGGGAGCGUUUAAAAUCCCUACAAUAUAUUUUUGCUCAAAGAUGGAAAAAUGAAUACAUCACCGAGUUACAACGUCGCUAUAAAUGGAAAAAAGAAAGAGAUAAUCUUAAACCAAAUGAUAUUGUCAUUGUAAAAGACGAUUCAUUACCGUCCACCGAUUGGCGGCUUGGUCGCGUCACGAACGUAGUUUAUGGAAAGGACAGCAAAGUUCGCGUCGCUGACGUUUUAACGCGGAAUGGAAUUAUACGAAGAUCCAUCGUGAAACUCUGCAUACUUCCAACUGAGAGUGACCACCAGAAAAAUGUAGGCAGAAAUACAACCCCAAAUUCAUCAAAAGUCACCUCUCAAAACCCAAAGAAAAUUUGA